AUGGUAAGAAAAUUACAAUCAGUGCGAAAAACUGGAAAACGUUCAUAUUCGAGUACAUCUUAUAAAUCAACUCGUAAAACAGACACAAAACAAAACGUUAUAAAAGAUCAAAUUGCAGAGAACGACAUCAUUGUUUUUAUUCCUUAUCGCACCGAUCAGAUUAACGAUUUGAAUAGAAAGGUUGCCGCAUCAAAGAAUAAAGAGCAAUCAAAGAAAAUGGUGAUGCCCUUUUUGAUGGAAUUUGAAGAUGAGACUGGAGGAUUUAAAAGUGCUCUAAAAGUUGGAGCCGAUGAUUGUUUUUUAUUCGAAAAUACUUCUGUGGAUUUUGAUACGAUAAAAUAUGGAUUUGUUUAG